AUGAGUGAAAAGAGCUCUGCAGAGUCAGGCUUACCUGAGCCGUGGAACGUAAGAUAUAGCAAAUCUAAGAAAAGGGAGUAUUUCUUCAAUCCGGAAACAAAACAAUCGCAAUGGGAAGAGCCAGAAGGCACCAAUCAUGAGGCGUUCAUAAAAUAUCUUGGAGAACACCCUGUGCGCGUGAGAUGUUUGCAUCUGCUGAUAAAACACAAGGACUCACGGAGGCCUGCGUCACACAGAUCGGAGAACAUUACCAUCACAAAAGAUGAGGCUAUUGCAGAGUUGAAAAAAUUUGAAGAACGACUAAGUAAUGAAAAGUUCGAGGAAUUAGCAAAGGAAAGGUCGGAUUGCUCAUCCUUCAAAAGAGGGGGGGAUCUGGGUUGGUUCGGAAAAGGUGAAAUGCAACCUAGUUUCGAAUCUGCAGCGUAUAAGCUGAAGGUGGGUGAGGUAAGUGGUAUCGUCGAGUCGGAUAGCGGUGUUCAUCUGAUCAAAAGAGUCGGUUAA